AUGGGGAGAAUAGUAAAAGUUGCUAACCUGGACUUCAGCAAAAUAUUCGACCAUGUUUCCUACGGCCUCCUGGAUGAGUUGACCAGAUACACUGGAGGGGUGAUCUGUGAGAUAGGCUUAGGAGUUGCGAGAGCUGAUCGGGGGCUUUCUCCCGAGACCGCCGCCUGCGCCCCUGGACCCUCGGGCCCCGGCGCGGGCAGCCCGGCCGCCGAGGAGUGGGGCAGCCCCGCCGGGGAGCCGCCCGCCUCGCUGCCCAGCAGCACCUCCUCGGAUGACUUCGGCAAGGGCAAGGCCGAGGACCGCUACUCGCUGGGCAGCAGCGUCGACAGCGGCAUCCGCACGCCGCUCUGCAGGAUCUGCUUCCAGGGGCCCGAGCAGGGGGAGCUGCUGAGCCCGUGUCGAUGCGACGGAUCCGUGAAGUGCACGCACCAGCCAUGUCUGAUCAAAUGGAUUAGUGAGAGAGGCUGCUGGAGCUGUGAGCUGUGCUACUACAAGUAUCACGUCAUUGCCAUAAGCACAAAGAACCCUCUGCAGUGGCAGGCCAUCUCUCUGACAGUCAUUGAGAAGGUUCAGAUAGCAGCAGCCAUCCUGGGUUCCCUCUUCCUCAUCGCCAGUAUCUCGUGGCUCAUCUGGUCGACCUUCAGUCCUUCAGCCAAGUGGCAGCGCCAGGACCUGCUCUUCCAGAUCUGCUAUGGAAUGUACGGCUUCAUGGACAUUGUCUGUAUAGGUCUAAUAAUACACGAAGGGCCCUCAGUUUACCGGAUUUUUAAACGGUGGCAGGCGGUCAAUCAGCAGUGGAAAGUGCUGAACUAUGACAAAACAAAGGACAUGGAGGAGCAAAAAACAGGGACCAGGACAAAUCAGCGCCCCUCCUCCCAAACCAACCACUCGUCCUCCACUGGUGGUACAGCCACUAACUCCGCUCCGGCCGACAGCGGGGCACGGGCUGCCGGCCACGCCACAGGCACCCUCUCUGACCACCACUGUGCUUACACCAUCCUGCAUAUACUCAGCCACCUGAGGCCUCACGAACAGAGGAGUCAGUCUAGUAGUAACAGAGAGCUCGUCAUGAGGGUCACGACGGUCUGAGCCGAGGAAUUCAGGAGGCCUUAACACGAAGCGGAGGAGACAAAAGAACUCAUAAAGCAGAGGAGCAUGGUGUGCCUUUUUCUUUCUCUUUCCUUUUUUCUUUUUUUUUUUUUCUUCUCUCCUUUUCUUUUUUCAGUAACUGCACAAGAUAUAAGAGGCGGCACCUGGCCAGCUAAGGAAAAAAGCAGGUGGAGGGAGAGCUGCACACUCAUGCUAAAGAGGUUAAU